AUGACAGUACUGUCUUCAAUGUCAUUCAUUUUCUUGUUGAUUUUCCUUCAUUCUCUCUCUCCGAUCCACAGUUUACCACUGUCACCAGCAUUAUAUGUUUUCGGAGAUUCCAUGUUUGACAGUGGCAAUAACAACAUCUUGCCCACCAUUGCCAAGGCAAAUUAUCUUCCUUAUGGUGUAAACUUUGUCAAAGGAGCUACAGGAAGAUUCACAAAUGGUAGAACAGUCGCAGAUUUUAUAGCUGAGUUUCUUGGGCUGCCAUAUGCUCCACCAUAUAUCAGCAUACCGAUAUCAACUCCACUUACAGGGUUGAACUAUGCGUCCGGGUCUUGUGGCAUUCUUCCAGAAACUGGAGACCGAUAUGGAAAAUGCUUGAAUUUAAAUGAACAGGUUGACUUGUUUCAGAGGACAGUUAGGUCAGAGUUGCCAAGGCAUUUCAAAAGCCCAGAAGAGCUUUCAGAUUACUUGGCAAAGUCUAUAUUUUUAGUCUCCGUAGGCAGCAAUGACUACAUCAAUAACUACCUUGAACCCAAUGUGUACGAUACAAGCAAACGUUACCCUCCGCAACCAUUCGCAGAGCUCCUGGUGGAUUCUUUGAGCCAGCGUUUUAAGAGGUUAUAUAAUUUAGGAGCCAGGAAGAUAGUCAUGUUUGAAAUCGGCCCCAUUGGAUGCAUCCCAUCAAUUACAAGGCAACAUAAGCACAAUGGACAGUGUGUGGAAGACACGAAUCAGAUGGUCUCUCUUUUUAAUCACAGACUCACAGCGAUGCUAAACAAUUUAACAUCCACUCUCCAGGGCUCAACCUUUGUUCUUGCCCAAGCUAAUUUUCUUGGCUACGAUGCAAUAAGAAAUCCUCCCAGAUAUGGCUUAAAGGACUCAAAGAACCCAUGUUGUAUUACAUGGGCAAAUGGGACUUCAGGAUGCAUUCCAUUGCUGAAUCCCUGCCCUCAUGCAUAUAAACACUUCUUUUGGGAUGCCUAUCAUCUUACUGAAGCUGCAUGUUCUGUCAUAGCCACACGAUGCAUCAAUGAUACAUCAAUUUGCACUCCAUUCAACAUUAAGGAGCUCGCUCAAAUAUAA